AUGGCUGCCGCCGACGCCAGGCCCGCGCUGUCCCGCUCCCGCGUGGUGGCGCGGGCACUCGUGCACGCGGCGCAGGUCGCGGGCUUGGUCGUGCUCCUCCGCGCCUUGGCCGAGUUCCCAUGGGCUGCCGCCGCGGCCCCAUCCAUCCUCCGCUUCGCGGCGUCCUUCCUCGACCCACCGCGCAUCUGCUUCCUCGCCGUCAACAUCAUCGUGGUCACCCUCGCCUGGCUCUUCCCCCACGACACAGCCUCACUCUCGCCGUCGUCGUUCGCGGACCUUUCCGGCUCGCCGAUCUCCAACGGCGACGCCCCACAACAACACCCGUUCCUCGCGUUCCUGGAGGACCCGCGGCUGCAGGAACUGCCGCCGAUCACCGAGGCCGAGCCCUCCCGGGAGCAGGCGCCGCCGCCGCCGGAGGAGGUGUUCGAGGACAAGGAGGUGAUGCACGUGAAGACGACGGUGCGCGCCCAGCCCCCGCGGCGGACCAUGUCGGAGAAGACGACCCGCGACGGCGCAGCAGCAACAGCAGCAGCAUGCCAUACGAGCACGACGAAGGCUGCGUCGCCGCCGGAGCUGCGGCGAGCCAAGUCGGAGAACGGCAGGCGGCGGCAACGGCGGUCGGCGGCGGUGGCGGCGGCGCCGGCACCGGUGGAGCUGGGGACGGACGACGCCGAGGCGUUCCGGCAGGCGGUGGAGGCGUUCAUCGCCAAGCAGCAGACCUGGUUCCACCGCGAGGAGUCCAUGGUCAUCGCCCGCGCCGCCGCCGCCGCCGCCGGAGGGGAAGACGGCCCGGGGAAGAUCGCCGGCGCUGCUGCGGUGGCCGUGAAGUGA